AUGCCGUCGGCCACAGCUAGACGGAUGUAUGAGGAUCAAAUACCCUCAUUUAUGUCCAUAUUCGACCCUGAGGCUGAUUCACACAUGGACGAGAGAGAAUUGGUAACAGUGGUAGACCCCAAAUUAAUGGAGAUGGAGUCGUCUUGUGUGUCAGGGCAACUUGUCAAUAGGUUGCCACAACAACAUUUGUUGCGACCAUUACCUGACUCUUCGCACCGUCACCAAGAAAGCACGUCGACUCAAAAUUCCGAAUCCGCAGAUUCUUCCCCCACAACAACUUUAACCACCGAUACUUCUUCACUUUCCGAUCCCUCACCCUCAUCAUCUCCAGACUCACCUGUCAAUUUAAUACCUCUGAAUUCAUUCCCAGCCACCAAUUUCGGAGGCCUAUCAUCCACAAUGGGUCGUUUACCGUCAACGCUAAACAACUUGUCUGUAAAUGAUCUAAGCAAUCGCGAGAGACCAAUGACUUCUCCGUCUCCUAGAAAGAGGAAUAUGAAGGGCUUAUCGAUACAACCGCCUUUCAAUAACCCGCUAACUUCAAACCUGGUAUCCGAACCACCAUCGCCUGUUUUCAUCAAACCCAAGAUUCCAGGAAUGAAGCGAAAGCCUAGCCAGCUCAGUCUCCGAACUGAUUCGACAGGACUGAACAUUCAACCAACAACCCUCGAGGUACCCAGUUCUCCUGCUCUACCCCCACUUGCGCAGCGAAGAUCUCUCAAACACUCAACGUCGUCCCCUCAUAUGCUUUCUGGAUUGAAGUCAUCAACCUUUGGCCCAUCUGGUGGUAUGACUUUCCCUCCAGUCCUUGAGCGUGGUACUUCAGGCUUGUCUGAGAUGUUGCGACCAACCAAACAAGGAUGCCAUGGUCCAGGCUUUGAUACCACCAUUCUCGAAGAGGAUUCGCCUAUCAAGACGCAGCUAGCUAACCGUGCUGCGAUGGAUUUUGAGCCUUUCAUUGAGCCCGAAAACAACGAAGAUCAGAAAUCCCCAGGCUAUCCCGAUGGGCCGAUUGCGAUUUACGAGGACAAUGUCUACCUUUAUUUGGAACCGACCGCCGAGGAAGCGUCAAAAUUUGACGUAGUGAUUAACGUGGCACGUGAAGUGCUUAACCCAUUUGAGGCCGUCGCCAAGAAUAAUCGAUUGGGGAAUCAUAAGGCUCUACAACUAGAGUCACCUAUUCCAGACACCGCCAUGACCAACGACAGUUUUGCAACGGCAUUCGAGUACCCUCCUUCUUCGGACCACAACAUGACGGAGACGCCCACAACUCCGAAGGGUACCUCGUUCUCUGAACCUGAGUACAUUCAUAUGCCGUGGGAGCACAACACGGACAUUGCAACGGAUCUUAUGAUGCUAUGCGAGACAAUUGAGCGUCGAACGAAGGAUGGAAAAAAGGUUCUUGUCCAUUGCCAACAGGGCGCCAGUCGUUCAGCUAGUUUGAUCAUUGCCUAUGGUCUUUAUCAAAACCCUGGUCUGACUGUCAAUGAUGCUUAUUACGCCGCGCAGUCGAAGAGCAGGUGGAUCAGUCCGAAUAUGCGUCUGAUGUAUUGUUUGCAAGACUUCCAAAAGGAAGUAUCUAAGAAGUUGCCUCGAUCCGCAGCAGGACCUCGAAGUGGAAGAAGCCCCACGAAGCAUCGCCUUACCCUUUCUGCAAAUGCCAUUGAGUUCCCAUCGAAGGAACCGUUGACCGCGCCGUUACCUGAUGAUGAGCAGGGAAGUGGUAAUAGUCUCAAGGGAGAUCGCGGCCAGAACCAUUCCCGUGGAAAAUCUUCCCCAAACCUGGGAGCGAUUUCUCCAGGCCCUUCGUCUGCACCAUCAACCUUUUCCUGGUCCGAAAAGGAGGACGAGAAUGAUCCUGGGAAACCUGGACGGUUCAAUUUUGGCAACUCCCUCGAACCACCCAGAUUCUUCGAACCACUACCGGCACCGGCAGUAGUCGAGCCUAGCCGAGCGUUACGCCCUCCGCCUACGCCGUCAUUUUUCAAGCCGCCUCCGUCUCCCGCAUUCUUUCAACCUCCCCCAACACCCGGAUUUGGUCCAAGCCAUUUCGGACAUGGGCCGCAGCAUUUUGGGUUCUCCAGCCUAAAUUUUGGCCAGAGUGGAUUCGGCCCGAGUGGAUUUGGUACGGAAGAGCACGGUGGUGUUGGUGGUGCUGGUGGUGCUAGUGAUGUAGAAGUUGUCCCUGCUUCGCCGGACGAUGAUGCCCUCAUGUCACCAAGAGCCGAAACCAUGACCAACAACCCUUUACACGACUCUUACACGGAGAUGACAGGAUUGAAGUUUGUUGAAUCGCCCCCAACACCCAACGAGGGGCUCUUCUCUCCACGGCAAACGAUGUUUCCAAGGGAUCCAUUUCUCCCUUUUGGGCGACCAUCUCAAGUAGCCGAUCCCAGAAGUCCUCCGACCAAGGGGGAAACUCCUAUUGUUCGAUCAAUCGACGACGUAUUAUGA